AUGUAUAUAUUUCUCUUCAGCUUGAUUAUAAAUGGGUUGGUUGGAAGCACAGCUGUUUGGCCAAAAGUGAUGGCCUUACUUUUAACAGAUGUGAAUACAAUCUCAUAUGUUGGGUGUCUUACUCAAAUUUUUUUCACUGCAACCUAUGGGGUUUGUACCAACACAUUGUUAACAGUGAUGGCUUAUGACAGACUUGUGUCCAUAUUCCAACCUUUACACAUUCAGAGUCGUGUGACCAACAUGUAUGCAAUAUGUCUCAUUAUUUCCCUAUUAAUCGUUCCUCUGCUUCUGGUUCUGUUGUCCUAUGUCAAAAUUAUAAUGUUCAUUUUGAAGGCCUCAGGAAAGGCUAGACAGAAAACAUUUGAGACUUGCUCUCCACACAUAAUUGUUUUUGUAAAUUUUUCAUUGGCCUCACUGUUUUCUGUCACCUAUAACCGUGUCAAUCGUUAUUUACCCGGUGAGAUUAAUAUAUUUUUAACAUUUACCUAUUUCCUUGUCCCUCCACUGUUGCAUCCAAUCAUAUAUGGCAUAAAAAAUCAGGAAAUAAGGCACAGCCUUCAAAAGAUGGUCGUUCAAGGCUGUACCUUCAUAUUUAGCAGAGCAAUCAAAAACUACCCUGAUCUUUCCUGGCUUCUUCGGGUGGUAGACCCCUUGAAUCUCCAGGAACUGGAUGUCCUCCUGAGAGAUGCUCCUUUCACCUGGUCUGGUAUCUGCAAAGUCCAUCUCUAG